CGUUUCCAAAGGCCGCCCACAGAACCCACACCACCCGCACUCGCUGCGCGCCUUUUCUGUUAUAAACAGCAAACACACCUCGGUCUCUCACGUGCUCGAACACAUAUUUGCGCACCGCCGCGCGCCUCGGAACGUCACAACAGUCGCUCGCUACCCCAUAGUACGCCAUGGCACGAUUAGUACUCCCUAUCGCCUUGGUUGCCGCCCUCCUGCCGUUCGUGCAAGCCGGCGUAAAGUUCACAAAGCCUGCAGCAGGCGGGACGCUCACUGCAGGCACGGCUCUUGAGGCGACAUGGACGGAGAGCACCGAUGGACCAGACCUCGCCGAUUUGGCGUCGUAUGAGCUCUACUUGAUGGCUGGAGGCAACGAGGCCGGUUCGAACAUGCAAUUAGCGGUCAUUACAACACAGGGUGCAUUCUCGGUCAAGACCGUAACCUCAGGACUGAUUGGAACCGGCUUGGGCGGCGACACGAAGAACGCAUACUUCCUCAAAAUGCAAGCUGUUGGCAAGACUGGCGGUCUGUACAUCGCUUACUCGGACCGCUUCUCCUACUCUGGUAUGAAGGGCACUUUCCCUCCGGAAGUCCAGGCAGGUCUUGCGACCAUCGACGGCACAGCGGGUCCACCCAGCAAGGACGACACAGUCAAGUCUGGCGGAAACACCGCAGUUGCACCUGGUCAAGAGGAGUAUGAGGUCGAAUACACUAUGCAGACCGGUCUUACGAGAUACGCGCCCAUGCAACCCGUGCCUGCCACUAAGAUGGCCACGGGAAAGCCUGCGAAACCCUUGUUCCCUACGAGCAGCGUAGUGAUCGCGAAGACGAGACUUCCUAUCCCCAAAGUUCAGACAACGAUCACCCAGAGCCAAACAUACUCAGUCCAGGGUAGAGAGAACACGGUCGCUCCGGCCCCUCACCCGACCGACGACAUGGCCAAAUUUCUCAACCGCUGGAAGGACUAG